UUAUUAUUAUUAUUAUUAUUAUUAUUACUUUUUGGGCAGUUUAGUUAUUCCAUUCCAGAGGAAAUGCAGAAAGGUUCAUUAGUCGGAAAUAUCGCUCAGGAUUUAGGUAUGGAUUUAAAAAGACUGAAAUCUGGAAAGGCUCGUGUAUAUUCUGGGGAUAGCACGGAUUACAUCGAGUUAAACAAAGAGAGAGGUGUUCUUCUCAUCAAGGAGAAGAUAGAUCGAGAGUCAAUAUGCGUAAAAAAGACUCCAUGUGCUUUACAUAUUCAAAUGAUUCUCGAAAACCCUAUGGAAUUAUACACGAUAUCUGUCGAAAUCACAGAUAUAAACGACAAUCCUCCCCUUUUCCCGACUGAAGAAAUUAGGUUUGAAAUCAGCGAGUCGGCUGCAACGGGAGCUAGAUUCUUGUUAGAAAGAGCAAUGGAUGCGGACGUCGGUACUAAUGAUCUUCACGGCUACUCUCUUCAACCGACAGAUCAUUUUGUUUUACAAUCGCAAAAUCAGGCAGAAGAUGACAAAAAGAUUGAACUGAUAUUACAGAGACCCCUCGAUAGGGAAACGCAAGAACGAUUUACUUUACUGUUAACAGCAGUGGACGGGGGUGAACCGGUGCUGUCUGGUUUGGUGAAAAUACACGUAACUGUUUUGGAUGCUAAUGAUAACGCUCCGGUUUUUACACAAAGUAACUAUAAAACAACGCUAGAGGAAAAUGCAAAUAAAGGAACGAAAUUAAUUACUGUGAGUGCAUCUGACGCAGAUACAGGUUUAAACGGUCGUGUGUCAUAUUUUAUGUCAAAAACAGUAGAUAAUUUGUCAAAUAUGUUUACUGUUGAUCAACAUAAGGGUGAUGUGGUUUUAAAUGGUCUAGUUGACUUUGAAAAAGCGAGCCAUUAUCAGAUUGAAAUACAAGCGAAAGACCAAGGCGGGCUGUCUGACUCGUGUAAGGUAACAAUUGACGUGUUAGACGUUAAUGAUAACACUCCGUCGAUAAACAUUUUGUCCAUGACUAAUUCUUUAUCUGAAAAAUCUAAAACUGGAACUAUUGUUGCAAUGAUGAACGUAAAAGAUCCAGAUUCAGAUGCAAACGGUCACGUUCACUGCUCUAUAAAUAAUAAUAUCCCGUUUACAAUUACAUCCCCGUCUAACAAUGUAUUUAGCUUAUACACAGAGCAUAAUUUGGAUAGAGAGAGAGAAUCUGAAUACAACAUAAUUGUAACUUGUUUUGAUGAGGGAGUUCCCUCACUCUCCAGCAGUGCUUCUCUCCGAUUACACAUAUCAGACGUGAAUGAUAAUGCUCCUGUAUUUGAAAAAAAUUAUUACGAGUCAUAUGUGGUCGAGAACAACACACCAGGUCUCUCUAUAUUCACUGUGAAGGCCCGUGACGCCGACUCCAACCAAAAUGCCCGUGUUUCUUACAUUUUGGAAGACAGCGCCGUGAAUGGAGUUCCUGUAUCAUCAUAUGUGUCAGUCAGUGCUGAUAGUGGAGUCAUUAAUGCUGUGCGCUCUUUCGACUACGAGCAGUUAAAAUACUUCCAUUUCCGCGUAAAAGCGCAGGACGGAGGCUCCCCUCCACUCAGUAGUAACGUGACAGUAAAAAUUAUAAUCCAAGAUCAGAAUGACAACGCUCCUCAGGUUCUCUACCCAGUACAGACUAGUGGCUCACCAGUGACUGAGAUUGUACCUCGUUCAGCAGAUGUUGGCUAUCUUGUGACUAAGGUUGUUGCUGUUGAUGUAGACUCUGGACAGAAUGCCUGGCUUUCCUACAAACUCAUGAAAUCUGCAGACAGGGCGCUGUUUGAGGUUGGACCACAAAAUGGAGAGAUUCGAACUGUGCGCCAGGUCACUGAUAAAGAUGCUGUGAAACAGAAGCUCACUGUAGUUGUGGAGGAUAACGGACAGCCAUCUCGCUCAGCUGUUGUUACUAUUAAUGUAGCUGUAGCAGACAAUUUCCCUGAAGCUCUCUCAGAAUUCAAGGAUUUUACGCACGGCAAAGAAUAUAAUUAUGACCUGACGUUUUAUUUAGUUUUAGCACUGGCUGCUGUUUCUUUUCUAUUUAUUACAACUGUAGUAGUUAUAAUAUCGCUAAGGAUCUGCAGGUGGAGACAAUCGCGCACCUUCUAUCAGUCCAAUCUGCCUGUUAUUCCGUACUAUUCUUCUGAUUAUGCUGAUACAGGAGUAACAGGAACUCUUCCCCACAUGUAUAAUUAUGAUGUUUGUAUGACGACUGACUCGAGAAAAAGUAACUGUAAAUAUUCUACUCUUGGUGGACAAAGCGUUUUGGUGGUGGACCGGAGUUUUACAGAAACGAUGAAGGGUGCAAUUAAGGAAAACAGUCUUCUAGUAGACUCCAGUUCUCCUGAGUUGGUCAGUUAUUCGAUUGCAGAGGAAAUGGUGAAAGGCUCGAUAGUUGGAAACAUCGCUCAGGAUUUGGGUUUGGAUGUUAAAUCCCUCAAAUCGAGAAAAGCACGCAUCUAUAUGGGUGGCGGCGUGGAAUAUAUUGAGCUAAGUAAAGAAAGAGGGCUGCUUCUUAUAAAAGAAAAAAUAGACCGCGAGGCUCUUUGUUCAAAAACGACUUCGUGCGCUUUACAUCCUCAGCUUAUUCUCGAGAAUCCAAUGGAGUUAUACAAAAUAACAGUGGACAUUAAUGACGUAAAUGAUAACGCUCCAUUUUUUAGAAGAAAUGAAAUUACAUUUGAAAUAAGUGAAUUUGCUGCACCUGGUGUCAAGUUUACGUUGGAGAAUGCAGCAGACCUGGAUGUUGGUUUAAAUGGCCUUCUUAGUUAUUCACUAAAACCUACAGAAUAUUUUGCGUUGCAGCUUCAAAGUCAAACAGAUACCAACAAAAAUAUAGAAAUGAUCUUACAAAAACCUCUAGAUCGUGAAAAUCAAAAUCAAAUGUCUUUGACUUUAACCGCUACUGAUGGAGGUGAACCACCCAUGUCUGGCACUGUACAAAUACACGUAUCUGUUCUUGAUGUUAAUGAUAACGCUCCUGUUUUUGAUCAUAAAAAUUAUAAAGCCACAGUCACUGAAAAUUCACCAAAAGGCUUCGAAUUAAUAACUGUCCGAGCUUUUGAUAAUGAUGAGGGACCAAAUGGCUUAAUAUCAUAUGACAUCUCAAAUGUCAUCGAUUUAAAUGAUGCGUUUGUCAUUAAUCCAAAGAGUGGUCAACUCUACGUGCAUGGGUCGAUUGACUAUGAAAGAGCAAAUCAUUACCAGCUAAACAUACAAGCUCGGGAUCAAGGAGGACUUUCGGACUCAUGCGUAGUUGUAGUAGAAGUCAUAGACGUUAAUGAUAACAAACCUGUGAUUGAUAUUUUAUCCAUGUCAAAUACUAUAUCGGAGAAUUCUAAGUCCGGCACGGUAAUUGCGAUGCUAAAUGUUAACGAUCCUGACUCGGGUUCCAAUGGACACGUUCACUGCAGUAUUACCGAACAAAUACCGUUUACCAUCAUAUCCCCAUCAAGCAUCUUUUUUAGCCUUAUUACAGCUCAGGAACUUGACAGAGAGAAAGACAUUGAAUACAACAUUACUGUAACUUGUUCUGAUGAGGGAGUUCCCACACUCUUCAGCAGCGCUUCUUUCAAUUUACACAUCACAGACGUGAAUGACAACGCGCCUGUAUUUGAAAAAAAUAAUUACGAGGCUUAUGUGGUCGAGAACAACACACCAGGUGUCUCUAUAUUUACAGUAAAGGCUAAUGACGCUGACUCAAAUCAGAAUGCUCGCGUUUCUUAUAUAUUAGAAGAUGGCUUUGUGAACGGAAUCCCUGUGGCAUCAUAUGUGUCAGUCAGUGCUGAUAGUGGAGUCAUUAGUUCUGUGCGAUCUUUUGACUACGAACAAUUAAAGGACUUUAAUUUUCGUGUAAAAGCGCAGGACGGAGGCUCCCCUCCACUCAAUAGUAACGUGACAGUGAAAGUUAUUAUCCAAGAUCAGAAUGACAAUGUUCCUCAGGUUCUCUACCCAGUACAGACUAGUGGCUCACCAGUGGCUGAGAUUGUACCUCGUUCAGCAGAAGUUGGUUAUCUUGUGACUAAAGUUGUUGCUGUUGAUGUGGACUCUGGACAGAAUGCCUGGCUCGCCUACAAACUUCAAAAAUCCACAGACAGGACGCUGUUUGAAGUGGGACCACAAAAUGGAGAGAUUCGAACUGUGCGCCAGGUCACUGAUAAAGAUGCUGUGAAACAGAAGCUCACUGUAGUUGUGGAGGAUAACGGACAGCCAUCUCGCUCAGCUGUAGUCAACAUCAAUGUAGCUAUAGCAGACAGUUUUCCUGAGGUUCUCACAGAAUUUACUGAAUUUGGUAAUGACAACGAUUACAAUGAGAACAUGACUUUUUAUUUGAUUUUGGCUCUUGCUGCCGUGUCAAUGCUUUUCAUUUUCUCAGUAAUUGCAAUAAUUUCAGUAAAAAUCUUCAGAUGGAGGCAGAAUAGACUGUUUUAUAAAUGUGCAGCUAAUCUACCAGUGAUUCCAUAUUAUCCACCAAGCUACGCAGACGGUACUCUGCAACAUGUGUAUAAUUAUGAGAUGUGUGGGACAACCGACUCAAGAAUGAGUGAUAUGAAGUUUGUCAGGCCAUACAGCCAAGAUACUUUGGGAAGUGUAAGGCACAAGGGGACAGUGCAGAGAGAAAAGAGCGCCCAGGAGGACAAUGACCUUCUUUCAGAGGUGAAGUAUACUUGCACAGAAAUGUUGUGCAAAUCAAAUAAAUGUAAUUUAACAAUUUUGGUGCAUGAACAGCGGAUUUGA